GCUGUAGGGAAGGAGAUUAUGAAUGGUUAAAGACAGCUGUGCCCCCCCAGCUUGUUUGAGAGAGGGAGGCAUAGUGUGGAAGGGGCAAUAAGGGGGGGGUGUGUAUGAGCAGGGAUGGGAGAGGACCUGAGUGGUGGAGGGGAGUUGUAUUCCCUUCAGAGAUCAAUUUCAGGGCAGGGAGCUUCACAAGUCAAAUGGCAACACCCACUUCCUGCUGCAAAGAGAGCUGAUUCCAGAGCUCUGAGAAACGAAACUUAAGUUGCCACACAUCCCCUGAGGAGCCAUGGCCGCAGAGAAUCCUGUCGAGAGCCUGCAGGAUGAGGCAUCUUGUUCCAUCUGCCUGGAUUAUUUCAAAGACCCAGUCACUAUAGGUUGUGGGCACAAUUUCUGUCAAGUCUGCAUUGCCCGCUGUUGGGAAGGAACAAAUAAAGAUGUCUCCUGCCCACAAUGCAGAGAGUGCUUUCCACAGAAAAUCUUUAAGAAGAACAGGCAGUUGAUGAAUUUUGUAGAAAUAGCUAAAAAACUAAAGAGGCAGGGGAAAAAAGCAGGAACAGAGCACGUAUGUGGUGAACAUGAAGAACCUUUGAAACUGUUCUGCCAGGAGGAUCUAAAAUGUAUCUGCGUUGUGUGUGACAGGUCCAGGGACCAUAGGACUCAUUCUGUGAUUCCUGUAAAGGAGGCUGCCCAGGCUUAUAAGGAAAAAGUCGAAGACAAUGUGAGGGCUCUGAAGAAAGAAAGAGAGAAACUCCUGGAAUUUAAAGAGUCAGGGGACAGGAAAAAUGAAGAAUAUCUGAAAAAGAAGCAAAUGGAGAAGCAGAAGCUUACGUCUGAUUUUCAGCAACUGCAUCAAUUUCUGGAAGAAGAAGAGCAACUUGCCUUGGCCCAGCUUGAAGAGCUGGAUAAAGAGAUUUUGAAGAGGCAGAAGGAAAAUGUCAACAAGCUCUCCAGGAAGAUAUCAUUUCUAAGCCAGAUGAUCAGUGAGAUGGAAGGGAAGUGCCAGCAGCCAGGGACUGAGUUCCUGCAGGACAUCAGAAGCACACUGAACAGGUGUGAAAAGAAGGGGAAAUUUCUUCAGCCAAUCAUUUAUUUUCCUGAGUUGGAAAAGAACCUCAACUCCUUUUGUCAGCAAAGGACUGCAGUAAAGAAGACUCUUAGGAUAUUCAAAGAUUCCUUGUCAAUUGAACUGUUGAAAGAAAGGAGUAAACCUCUUAGACCAGAUAAGAAAGUAAACAUGACUUUGGAUCCAGAUACAGCAAACCCCCACCUUACAUUUUCUACAGAUCACAAAAGUGUAAUAUGGGAGCGUGUGGUGCAAAAUCUGCCUGACAAACCCGAGCGAUUUGAUCCUAUUCCCUGUGUGCUUGGCUCCGAGGGGUUCAUUUCAGGGAGACAUCACUGGGAGGUGGAAAUCAGGGGUCACAGGUGCUGGUGGACAUUGGGGGUUGCCCUUGAGUCUGUGAGGAGGAAAGUGGGGUUCAACUUUAACCCUGAAGGAGGCAUCUGGGCUGUGCAGUGGUGCAAGGGUCAGUACUGGGCUCUCACCUCCCCUGUGACUCCCCUGCUCCUGGACCAGGCCCCCAGGAAGGUCCGGAUCUCUCUGGACUAUGAAGAGGGGCAAGUGGUUUUCCAUGACACUGAUAGCAAUACCCCAAUCUUCACAUUCAAGUCUGCUUCAUUCAACGAAGAGAAAAUCUUCCCUGCCUUCUGGCUCUGGGAUGCAGGAUGCUUGCUUAAAUUGUGUCCUUGAUACGAAAUGUGCACUGGGUUUCACAAGGCCCAGGCAUCCUAAUCCCGAUGCCAGAUUGCCUUCCAUGUUGAUGGUCUUAACCUCUUAAAAUGCCUUGGCUUUCAAAGAUGCAGAACACCCCUUAACUACAAUUGGACUUGUCUAGACAUGGCAGUUCUCAAAGUGAAGUCAUUAGUAUCUAGUGUCCUAAAUCCUAGAGGUCUAACAGAUCUCUGGAUUUUCAUAUGCAUGGAUAGCAGUAAGUGUUCAUGGUUGAACAGCAAAUCUCAGCACCCUGAGUACUGUUUAGUCUGUUUGCCAGUAGUAUCCAUGAUCCUGAAGGAAGUAGUGUAGGGCUGUAGAGCUUAGCAGGUAGAGAGCAUGAUGGGGAGACUCAAAGUGGGGAGAGGGUUGUAGUGGACAAAUAAGAACUGAACAGUCCUGGAGGAGAAUAGGAAUAAUUAAAUUGGAGGGGGGAGAAACCUCAGUAGUCAGCAACAAUAGAGGGGGGUCAGAGGUAUGGAGCAGUGGGGGGAGGGAGUGGGGGGAAGGUUGGGCACCGCUGCAUAGAUUAAAUUACAGAAGGUAGGGGUAAAAAGAGAGAAGUAGGAAUUUAAAAUCCUGUUGGAAUCAUCGGGUGUCUACAUAGAAAAGUUGCUUCAGUCUCGUUUAAAUUGGAUAUUAAAAUUGAGUCAGCAAAACCAGUCCCAAACCCCCAACUCUUGUGUGGACACUCCUCAGUAAGUCUAAAGACAGGCUAUUUUGAUUUAGCUUUAACCUAAUUGAUUAGGAAAGUUCAAGGAAAGCUGACCUUACAAGGAGAGAAGAGAAUCCUCAAGCUUUUAGCACCAGUUGAACUCCACUAGUUUUCAGUCCUAUUAACAAUUAAACUGAGGUGAUUCUAAACCCCAUACUUAAUGAAAAUACCAUGAUUUAUUUUGUUCCUCUAUUAUGGCUAUUCUUAAAUGUCACGCUUAGUUACUGUCAGUAAUUUGUAUUGGUGUAUAAAAUUGCUAUGCUCAAAGUAUCCAGCCUGGGUCUUUCUUUGAAAAGCCGCAUGUAAGGUUCUGCUUCUUGCUGAAAAUGCUGGUUGUGCUAGUUAGUUAGAAAGUAGUUUGUACAACUCAUGAAUAAGGGUUAUCCCCCACUUGCAGUAUUCCAAAAUACUGCCACCAUUUAGUAAGCAGAAUAGUUGAUCCAAAUAUUACCUUUGGUACCUUUUAGAUUCAGUGCCUUUUAAUAUGUAUUUCCUGUUAAUAAAGGCUUUAA